CUUUUAAUAGCUUUGUCAUGUGAUGGAAAGCAGUUGUAAGACAGGUGCCCUCGGUUCAUUCUCGGCGAGGGGCGGCAGUUGCCUGUGUGCAAGCGAGUGGGAAGCGUGCGUGGAUUUCUUUUUUACUUGAUUUGUUUUCCCUUUUUUUUUCUUUUCAGCCCCUUUACCGACGCUUUUUGACGAUUAUAUUUGGGGUUUGUUUAUUUUUAUUUUUUUUCCACGGAGCCGUCAUUCAGUGGCUGGAUGGCGUGGGACAGGUGUAACCAGGAUUCGGUGUGGAGAGAAUUAGAGUGCGCUGCCUUGGUUGGCGAAGACCAGCCCCUCUGUCCCGAUCUCCCCGAACUCGACCUCUCGGAGCUGGACGUCAGCGACCUCGACGCCGACGGCUUCCUGGGCGGCCUCAAGUGGUACAGUGACCAAUCGGAGAUCAUUUCUGCGCAAUAUGGCAACGAGGCGUCCAAUCUUUUCGAGAAGAUAGAUGAAGAAAAUGAGGCCAACUUGCUGGCAGUGCUUACAGAGACCCUGGAUAGCAUCCCGGUGGAUGAGGACGGUCUGCCUUCGUUUGAGGCUCUGGCAGAUGGGGACGUGACCAAUGCCAGUGACCAGAGCUGUCCCUCCUCCCCCGACGGCUCGCCUCGCACCCCGGAGCCCGAGGAGCCUUCCCUGCUGAAGAAGCUCCUUCUGGCGCCCGCAAACUCCCAGCUCAGCUAUAAUCAAUACACAGGUGGCAAGGCACAGAACCAUGCAGCCAGCAGCAACCACCGUAUCCGAGCGCCACCUGCUAUCGUCAAGACGGAGAACCCCUGGAAUGGCAAAUCAAGAGGGGUCUCCAGCCAACAAAACCGCCCUCUGAGACGGCCUUGCACAGAGCUGCUGAAGUACUUAACAGCCACCGAUGACAUCCUGCUCCACACCAAAGCCAACGACGUCAAAGGCAGCUGGAGCGGCGUCCCCGGAAGGGACAAGAACAGCCUGGGCCUCGGCGCUUCCUCCUCUUCUUCCUCCUCGCCGUCCUCGUCGUCCACCUCCUCCUUCUCCUCCCUGUCCUCCACUUGUUCUUCGUCCACCGCCGCCUCCAAAAAGAAGUCGUCCGUGCCGCCCCAACCGCCGCCGCCGCCUCCGCCGGCACAGCAGCAUCACCAGCGAGCCAAACCAACCACCUUGCCACUUCCUUUGACCCCAGAGUCUCCAAAUGACCACAAGGGAUCACCGUUUGAGAGCAAAACCAUUGAAUGCACAUUGAGUGUGGAGAUUGCUGGAACCCCAGGUCUGACACCACCUACCACGCCCCCACACAAAGCCAGUCAAGAGAAUCCAUUUAAAGUUUCGCUCAAAACCAAGUUGUCUUCAUGUUCCUCCUCAGCCUUGGCGUGUAAAAGAGCAAGGCUGGUUGAGUUGGGUCUUGGCCCCAACCGGAAGGGUCCCGAACAGACUGAGCUGUAUGCCCAGCUGAGCAGAGCGUCCACCGUGCUCCCGUACGCCGUCACUCAACAAACGGCAGGCGGCGGACUCGAGGAGCAUCGCAGUGCUAGCAACCAUAAGCGGGUUCCUCCCCGCGGCGUCAGUGACCAUGAUUAUUGUCAGGCGAGCACAAAGAAGAACGGCAAUAUGGUCGACGGUGCUAUGACUUCAUUGGGGGAAAAGCUAAUCGUCCCAGGUGCCGCCGCCGCCGCGGCAGGCGCAGUGGGGAACCAGCCUGUCGGAUGUAAGGAUUCAGCCACGCCUCCACCUUCUUCACCUUCAUCAUCAUCUUGCCCUCUAGUGAAGCGGCAAAGAUUAACCUCCGCGACUGGAGAUGACGCUCGUGUCCACGGAGUCGGGAAGGAGUCCCUUCCCCAGAACUCCCAGGUCCCUUCACAACCGGACACCUCAUCCGCCCUGAGCCGCAAGCUCUUGUGCGACCAGGAAAUCCGAGCUGAACUCAACAAGCACUUUGGCCACCCCUUGCGAGCCCUGUACAGUCAGGGUGAGAAGGAGAGGGAGCCAGGCAGCAAAGCCAACAAGGUCAACCCCUCUCCAUCUCUUGAGGAAGAAGAGAUUGACUCCCAAAGGUUGCCUGGCUCCGGCUACCUACAUUCGGGGCUCCUGUCCCUCCACGACGAGCUCGAGCUCGGCCAAGGCCGUGAGAGUCGCUUCUUCUACCCGUGGGAGGGCACCCCUCUGGACCUACUCUUUGACUGCCCCCCAUGUUCUCCCUCCUGUUCCCCACCGUUAAGCUGCUCCCCUUCACGGGGCUCCAUCUCGCCACCGUCCUCCCUCCUUCUGUCACCCAACGGACCUUUCUGCUGGACCGGUGGGAGGUCACGCUCCCGCUCUCGUUCCCACUCUGGCUCUCGGAGCUCUUCCUCAGGCUACCGGAGACGCUCCCUCUCCAGCUCGCCUGAUAGACGGUGUCGCAACAAUGAAUCAAGCACUUUCCGUUCCAGGAGUCAUAAGAGCCCGCAGUCGCGAUCUCCUCUCAGUCGCAGGCCGAGGUACGACAGCUACGAGGAGUAUCAGCACGAGAGGCUGAAGAGGGAAGAGUACCUUCGGGACUGCGAGAAGCGGGAGCUCCAAAUGGCCGAGCAGAAGGACGUGCAACGACAAAAGGCAAUCGGGGAGAGACGGGCGGUGUACGUGGGACGACUGAGGUCCGACUGCACCCGGACCGAGUUGAAGCGGCGCUUUGAAGUCUUUGGCGAGAUUGAAGAAUGUGCGGUCAACUUGAGGGAUGAUGGGGACAAUUUUGGCUUCAUCACAUACCGCUACACGUGCGACGCCCUCGCCGCCCUCGACAACGGACACACCUUGCGGCGGGCCGACGAGCCGCGCUUCGAGCUGUGCUUCGGCGGACAAAAGCAAUUCUGCAAAUCACAUUACACAGACUUGGACUCCCAUUCGGACGACUUUGACCCCGCCUCCACCAAAAGCAAGUAUGACUCCUUGGAUUUUGACAGCUUGCUGAGGGAGGCCCAGCGUAGCCUGAGAAGGUAACCCUCUCGUGGCUUCACGCCCGAGUCGUCCACACCCCCCCGACACGCCACCCACCCCCACGAGGGACUCCCGAUACCUCACUCGCGUCUCUUUCUUUUUGGACGACGAGAAGUUUUACACUCGAUACGCGGUGGAGUAUUGAAGAAGAGUAAAAAGUCUAUAGACCUGUCAUCAGAAUCUAUCCAAAACAAAAGUUUACAUGAACAUAGCUGCUGAAAAGCUGAGCAAGCGACUUUUGGGAAAGCCAGUGAACCCUCAGAACCUGCUGCACGGCUUUGACGGCUGUAGAACCGUAAACGAAGGAAGGGAUUUAAAAAAAAAAAAAAGGAAAAGGGAUUUCCCCCAACCACAACCCGCCCCCUCCCCCAAAGCACUACAAGACCCACAAUUCUUUGGAGGGGGUGAAAAGAUGCAGCUUGUUCAGCCAGAUUUUAUUUUGUUGUUUUUAUUUUUUUCGGGGGGGAGGGGGAGUUCUUGCUGUUUUUUUUUUUUCUUUUUUAAAUCUCUCUGGAUCCGGUGUUACAUUUUAAAAGCAAGCGUUUGAGGGAAUCGUAUCUCUUGUUGUCUACAUUUGAUAGAGAAGUGUAGUUGUGUAUUUGCAAAUAACUCUAAAAAGGAAUAUUUUUUAUGUUCGUGUAAAGUUGGGAAAUAAAGUUGUUUAUUUGUUACAGCUAUGCACUGUAAAACGCAGCCUUUUUCAAAAAUGCGGGGGGAAAAUUUUUUCUUAAUUCCGAAUGUCGAUGGAUGUCGAUAGUAAUUACGAUACUGUAAAACAUAUUGUACGCCGACAUGAUGUUUAGAGACAUAUAAUGAUUGUAAAAAAAAGGCAAAAAAAAUGACCGAUUGCUCAUUUUGAGGCAGCACGUGAUCAAAUGUCUUUUUUUUUUGUAUAAGUUAUUCAGUCUGUUUUUUCCUCACUGUGUAAAAUAUAUUUUUUUCUUUUUUACGUUUUUCAUGAUUGUAAAAACGACCGACCCCAUUUUUUUUUUUUUAUUGAUUAUUUCUAAAACAAUCACAAGAUAUUGUGUAUAUACUGUAUGCGACAUAUUUAUGUGUGUGUACAGUGUGUAAAUAUGUGCAUAUAUAUGUCCAUAUACAGUAUAUGCACAUACAUAAUACAUGUAUGUUUGAUUUUAGUGCUUUGUACGGUUGUCAUUGAUUCAACACAGGGAGACGAUGAUGCAUUGGAAUCUUUUCAAUCAGCGGAAAUUGCGUAUUUAUGUAUUUAUUUUUUGAAUCAGCAAUAUUUAUGGGCUACAUUUUACAUGACUUUUUUUUUUUUUUUUUAAAUAUAUAUAUUUAUUUUUUAAUUUUAUUUAACGCUCAAUCACGAGACAGGGUGUCCAAUAAUUUUUCCAAGGUAGGGAAUAAUACGACCUUCUAUGCCUUUUUUCCGGAACAAUCAGUAGCUUCAUCCAGUCUCAUUACGUCGGCGGCACUUUCCCGCUCGCUUUUUCCUUUCACGUAGAACAGAAAGCAAUAAACGGGGUUUCUUUGCAGAAAUUUCGCGCCAUUUUUGAAAGACUUUGUUGCGUCUCCGCUCUCGCUCGAUUAAGUGAAUGCCAAACGAAAAGUUUACAAUUUCCUUUCUUGAAAUUUUUUUUAAAAAAAGAUCUUUUGAAAAAAGAAAAAAACAUAUACUACUGAUAUUAUUCGCAGUAAUAACAAGAAGAGUAAUAAUAAUCUAAAUAAAAAGAGGGAAAAAUAUAUAAAAAGCAAUAAAUUAUUUUUCAGAAUUGUAUUUUAGUGCUGAUUGUUGUGAUUUUUUAUUUUUAUAUUUUUUUUGACCCAUUACCCAGUUGCUGUGAUGUCAGCGCCCUCGUGCCGGCCGGUCCCUUUAAGACGUCUCUGCGCCGGUAAAUGCACGUGUGACCUUUUGUGACAUCCGUUUGUGGCAAACUCCCGACUUUAGUGUUCAACGUGGUCGUGUUUGUGGUUUGCUAGUGUGCAUGGCCAAAAACGAGAGGGUGCUGACAAUGGGAGAAAAAAAAAAAACUCCCGCCUACCUCAUGGUAGGCCAAAUGUUUCCAUGCAAUGUUUUCUUGACGUUGGUUUGGGUAAUGGCGUCCCGUUUUUAAUAGAUGUGCGGCUUUAAUCAGUGUAAUAAACUGCUUUGUAAAUGGCCUAGAGUAGCAAUAUAUUAGAGCAAUUUUUAGUAUUGUGACCUACCGAGGAUUUUGCCACUGCUUUGUCGGGUAAUCAUGUUUUUCUUUGGAAGGACAAUAUGUGUGGGUGUGAUUUUAUGUGUGGAGAGGGAAUUUUGUGCGUGUGUGUGCGUGUGUAUGUGUGUGUGUGUGUGUCCUAUCCACGUUGCCUUACCAAUGCCUUUGUGGUUCUACCUAUUGUAGGAAUUUUCUUGUGAAUUUCAUUUUUCAUGUGCAAUUCUCAUCAGCCUCAUCAUGCCAAUAAAGGGAAAAAUGUGACUAUA